AUGGUACCACUCUUCCAAGAAGUUUCGCUUUUCCAAAACUCAAGAGCCUUAGGCUCGGUGGAGUUCGAUUUGCCGGGUGAUUGUUGGAAUGCGCAACACUUUUCUAAUUGCCCUGUCCUUGAAAAUUUGAGUUUGGAAGACUGCAGUUUGUCUGAUAUGAGGAAUUUCUGUAUCUCAAUUCCUACACUGAAACUCUUGAAAGUUUACACAUGGGAUGAGGAUGGUUUACAAGACUGUGCUUUCAAAAUUAAUGCACCAAAUCUAGUAUCACUUACCUAUUGUGGUCGUGUGGCAAAGGAAUAUAUUCUUUCCAGCUUUCAAACACUAGAAUCUGCAGAAGUUCUCUUUUGUAAGUAUGAUGCUCUCUCCAUCAUGGAUGACUGGUUACUUCCUUUAUUAGCAUCUGCACUAGAACCUGGCUCAGCUGCUGCUCCUGCCUUGACUGCUUACUGA